GAGCUCAAUCCCUGGGCAAGGGAAAGGGGAUGCUCGGGGCUCCCGGCUCGCGGCCGUUUUCUGGACAGGCAGCUCCUCGGACACCUGGCAGGGCCGCGUUGCCUGGCAACGGUGGGGUCCUUCUUGGCUCGGCGGCGCUCCGGGCCUGAGGGUAGAAAACCGCCGCGGAGGGCGCUGGGGGUGGGGGUGGUGGCGUUGGUGCGGGAGGUGGCCGCGUGACGGCUACGCGGGCUUGGAGCGCCUGGGCGUCCGAUCUCUGCACCUGAGAGAAGAUGGACACGGCGGACCAGACCCUAGUGGGGCCCGCGGAUGAUGGGCCUGCGCCGCCCGAAGAGGAGGAGGGAGAGGGGGGCGGCGAGGCGGGCAGCGAGGCGGGCGGGAAGGAGCCGGCAGCGGACGCGGCCCCGGGGCCCAGCGCUGCAUUCCGCCUCAUGGUGACCCGGCGGGAGCCGGCCGUGAAGCUGCAGUAUGCGGUGAGCGGUCUGGAACCGCUGGCUUGGUCCGAGGACCACCGCGUGUCAGUGUCCACGGCCCGCAGCAUCGCGGUGCUGGAGCUCAUCUGCGACGUGCACAACCCGGGCCAGGACCUGGUUAUCCACCGCACCUCGGUGCCUGCCCCUCUCAAUAGCUGUCUCCUCAAAGUUGGCUCAAAAACAGAAGUUGCUGAGUGCAAGGAGAAAUUCGCCGCCUCCAAGGACCCCACGGUCAGUCAGACUUUCAUGUUGGAUAGGGUGUUCAACCCUGAGGGGAAGGCUUUACCACCAAUGAGAGGCUUCAAGUACACCAGCUGGUCUCCCAUGGGUUGUGAUGCUAAUGGCAGGUGCCUCUUGGCAGCACUGACCAUGGACAAUCGCCUGACCAUCCAGGCGAAUCUCAACAGACUGCAGUGGGUCCAGCUGGUUGACCUGACUGAGAUCUACGGAGAACGUCUUUAUGAGACCAGUUACAGGCUCUCUAAAAGUGAGGCCCCAGAAGGAAAUCUCGGGGAUUUUGCUGAGUUUCAGAGGAGACACAGCAUGCAGACCCCAGUCAGAAUGGAGUGGUCAGGCAUCUGUACCACUCAGCAGGUCAAGCAUAACAACGAAUGCCGGGACGUCGGCAGUGUGCUCCUGGCCGUCCUCUUUGAAAACGGUAACAUCGCCGUGUGGCAGUUUCAGCUGCCAUUUGUCGGAAAAGAAUCCAUCUCUUCAUGCAAUACGAUUGAGUCAGGAAUCACCUCUCCCAGUGUAUUGUUUUGGUGGGAAUAUGAGCACAAUAAUCGAAAGAUGAGUGGCCUUAUUGUGGGGAGUGCUUUCGGACCUGUAAAAAUUCUUCCUGUCAAUCUCAAAGCAGUCAAAGGCUAUUUCACUUUAAGGCAGCCUGUUAUCUUGUGGAAAGAAAUGGACCAGUUGCCUGUGCACAGCAUCAAAUGUGUGCCACUUUAUCACCCUUACCAGAAGUGUAGUUGCAGCCUAGUAGUAGCUGCAAGAGGCUCCUACGUAUUUUGGUGUCUUCUUCUGAUCUCCAAAGCAGGGCUGAAUGUUCACAAUUCCCACGUGACGGGCCUCCACUCACUGCCUAUUGUCUCCAUGACUGCAGACAAACAGAAUGGAACGGUCUAUACUUGCUCGAGUGACGGAAAAGUGAGGCAGCUGAUUCCCAUUUUCACGGAUGUUGCGUUAAAGUUUGAACACCAGUUGAUUAAACUCUCAGAUGUGUUUGGCUCAGUGAGGACUCAUGGGAUAGCAGUGAGCCCCUGUGGUGCGUACCUGGCCAUCAUUACCACCGAGGGCAUGGUCAACGGCCUCCACCCUGUUAACAAAAACUACCAGGUCCAGUUUGUUACUCUCAAAACCUUUGAAGAGGCAGCUGCUCAGCUCCUGGAAUCUUCUGUUCAAAACCUUUUUAAGCAGGUAGAUUUAAUAGACCUCGUACGCUGGAAGAUUUUAAAAGAUAAACAUAUCCCUCAAUUUUUACAAGAAGCCUUGGAAAAAAAGAUUGAAAGCAGUGGAGUCACCUACUUUUGGCGUUUUAAGCUUUUCCUCCUGAGGAUUUUAUAUCAGUCAAUGCAGAAAACCCCUUCAGAAGCCUUAUGGAAACCCACCCAGGAGGACUCAAAAAUCUUACUAGUAGAUUCACCUGGAAUGGGCAAUCCUGAGGAUGAACAGCAGGAAGAAGGCACUUCUUCCAAACCGGUGGUGAAGCAAGGCCUGCAGGAGAGGAGUAAGGAAGGAGAUGGAGAGGAGCCCGCGGAUGACUCACUCGCUCAGACUGGAGAUGCCGGAGGCCGUGAGCCAAUGGAAGAGAAACUCCUGGAAAUCCAAGGGAAAAUUGAAGCCGUGGAGAUGCACUUGACCAGGGAACACAUGAAGCGAGUCUUAGGAGAGGUGUAUCUGCACACCUGGAUCACGGAAAACACUAGCAUCCCCACCCGAGGACUCUGUAACUUUUUAAUGUCUGAUGAAGAGUAUGAUGACAGAACAGCACGGGUGCUGAUUGGACAUAUCUCAAAGAAGAUGAACAAACAAACUUUCCCUGAGCACUGUAGUUUGUGUAAAGAGAUCUUGCCAUUCACAGAUCGCAAACAGGCAGUCUGUUCCAAUGGCCACAUUUGGCUCCGGUGCUUCUUAACCUACCAGUCCUGCCAGAGUUUGAUAUAUAGAAGGUGUUUGCUCCAUGACAGCAUUGCCCGGCAUCCAGCUCCAGAAGAUCCCGACUGGAUUAAGAGAUUACUGCAAAGCCCCUGCCCUUUCUGUGACUCUCCUGUCUUCUAAAUAAUCAGUGACGGAAAGAUGGAAGGACAUAAUGAACUCUGCCAUAGGAAACUUCAGCCUGAAGAGAAGGAUGUGCUGGAGGAAGCCUGACCCUCAUGAGUGGAGAGAAGCCCUUGGUGACUGUGAAGAGCCCCUGCAGCUCAUUUCUGAAGGGCACUCUCAUCUCCAGGGACUCAAGGAUGUCCUUUGAAAUGGCUGAACUCAGAGAGUUGGAGUCGUUUUGAGAUGAGCAUUAGCCCCGGCUUUGUGACCAAUGAGGAACAUUUAUUUUUAAAUAUCUUGACGGACACAACUUGAACACAACGUCCCGUCAUUUCUAGGAACAGAAUGGUCUCUUCUAGAGAGUUUGGAUAAGGACCUUGCUGGGUUGAGUUAGGUUUUAAUCUUUGCUUUGGUCUGGAAUUGCCUUCUGGCUCCAGAACUUAAAUUGCUUGGUCCAUGGCAUCUGAUGUACCAACAGAGAUUAAAAGUAUAUAAAGCAAUGCAUGGGCAGGUGUUUUGUUCUCGGAAAAUAGCUGCCGAUAUGCAUCCUUCCAUUCUUGUUUUUCAUGCAUAUGAAAAACAUUUUUUUAAAACUCUAUAUUCUUAGUUGAAGCCAAGACUAAAGUUUACUGUGUCAAAUGAUCUGGUGACUAUUAUAAUUAAUAAUUGUGACAUUUUUCAUUCUCUCCUGUGUCAUCAGGUUUCCUGACCCAACUCCUUAACCUGUAUAAAGAUGUCAAAUACUGGAGUUCACCCACAUCACAGCCCUGCUUCAGACUUAACUGUGGUAGCCUAGAUGAGCUGUUUGUACACAGAGGAAAAAACAUACCUUCCUCUUUUAGUAAUAAUUACAACUUUUAGUAUUUUUAAUGGUGACAUUUCUGGAUGUUUCAUUUAGUAUCCAGGGGUCUAUCUAGAGACUUCUAGAGAGGGACAGCUCAGAAGUGAGACCCUUGAGCUCUGGUGCUGUAAGCUGUACAGUUCAGCUGAACAGAGCCUAGGAAUUUCUUUCCUCUGCACAGUUCCUUGAUAUAUAGAAUCCAGGUUCUGCCCCCCGACCCCACCCCCACCCCCAGUGGUCUGUUAAGAUGUCCCAGACAUCAAUUUGAUUGAUCACGCAAUCAAAACCUAAAAGAUUCUGGAAUUAGUGUUCUUGGAUUCUGAAACGUCCGGCGGGGGUUGGUGCUAAUCAACAGGACUGCAGUGUACACACCUUGAAAUGGUACAUUUUUCUGGAAAGUUGGAUAGGACAUGUAAAAUAUGAGAUUCUUAUUUCUUGCAAUCUUUUUUGUCUUUAAUAUAAUUCCCUGCUUUUAUUUUGUAUCCUUAAUGAAAGACAUUUUGUCCACACUUCUUUAGAAAUAACAUUGAGGCCAGGCACCUGUAAUCCCAGCACUUUGGGAGGCUGAGGCGGACAGGUCACUUGAGGCUGGGAGUUCAAGACCAGGUUGGGCAAUGUGGCGAAAUACUAAAAAUACAAGUUAGCCUGGCAUGUUGGCGCAUGCUUGUAAUCCCAGCUACUGAGGAGCUGAGGCAGGAGAAUCACUUGAACCCAGGAGGCAGAAACUGCACUCAGCCGAGAUGGUACCACUGCACUACAGCCUGGGCAAAGCUGGAGAUUCUGCCUCAAAAAAAAGGAAACGCUGACACGUGGAUGACACGGCAACCUCCCCUCCAACCCCCCCAUUGACAAGUAGUGGAGACAAGGGCCCUUGGAGGCACUUCCAAACAGUCUGCUCUAAAAUGUCUUCUGUUUCUAUUCAAAUUGCUGUUUUGUCUCCUAUGUUGAAUCAUGUAUUUGCUAUUAUCUUCUGCUUAUUUUUCUCCUUUUGGUAAUUUCAAGAAGACUGUUUAUUCACUAUUGAUUUUCAAGAAAGAAACUAAGCAGCAUUGAAAUCAUGAGUAAAAAUUCAGAACAUUGUAUGAAGUCAUUUGUGUCUGCAGCUGUUUUUUUCUCUUUACAAUAAAUAAGAGUAAAAAUU